GUCAAUGGGAGCGGCCAGGACGGGGGCAGAGCUGUGGCUGGCAACCCCCCACUGGAGCUCCCACCGCCCAGCUCGAGGUCCUGCUGGGACUGAUGCACAGUGUGUGGGGCAUUGGACCUCAUCUCCUUCUGCCAUCACUUGCUCUGAGGCCCCACUCCCCUUGCAGCCCCAUUUCUGCCAGCACUACUCCGUGCUGCUGGGCCGUGGCUCUGCCCUCAGGGUGCCACAGGAUGCCAUGGUGUGCCCUGGCAGAGUGCCCAGGAGCUGCUGUUGAAGCUGCAGCUUCUGCAUGUAGUGGAAAUGAGGGAUGGGAAUAGCAUGGGGAAGGCCAAAGGAUCUGCCACAGUUAGAGAGAGACCAGAGCUGGAUCUGACUUUCUGACUGUAUCCCAGAGCUGGAGUCAGAAUUCUCCUUGCUGGGGCUGCCCUGCAGGUUCAUCCUCCAGGGGUUAUUUAGCAUCCAGCUCCCACAACAGCUCUGUGCUGUGGGCUGAGGUCCUGGCAGGCUGAAAAGGGGAGGACAUGGAGCAGUGCCUGCUCCCCAAAUGCCUCAGGAGCCACCAGCCUCAGGACCCCUUGGCAAAAGCCCUCCUCACCUUGGCUCCCAGCCAGGCAGGGAGCACAGAGAGCCACUGCCUCCUGCCUGGUGAAGAGCUGGGACAUCACAGGGACAAGGGGGGGCAGGCUGGACCCCGUGGGAAGGGGCUGUAGGGUGACCUGGCUGCAGGGUUUCUGGGCUAUGUCCCACCAUGAGGGAAUGCUUGUCUGGAUGUGUUUGUCACACCGGGUGCAGGAUGGUGGCUGCUUGUGAAGCAAUUUCCUGUGCCAGGGAAUGGGGGCUGCUCUUGCAGGGCUGUGGUGGGGGAGUGAGGCAACCCCCUGAUUUCUCAUUAUUGCUUCCUUCCAGUUUAGCCCACACUGCCGGUGAGUUUCCUGUGCCCAGCCAGCCGUGGCCCUGGGAUGCAUCCCACCAGCACAGGGCACCUGGCAGGUGAUGCUGCCCCAGGGAUGAGCCCUCCCUUGGGCAUAGGGGUUCGUCUUCAAGGGUAUGGGGAGCACAGCCCUGACCUCUCACUGGCCCCAGCUGUCCUGGGUGCCAGCAUAACCUGCUUGUCCUUUGGCUGGGUCAGGAGCUGCUGGCUUGGCUCAGCCAGAGCUGGGGGGAUACUGGGAGGGGACAACUGCUGAGCCAGUCUGGCACUGUUGGGAGCUGGAAGGACAGGCAGUAACAGCAGUGGGGUGAACUGGAAGAUCCUCCUGAUGAGCCAGCUGAGGACCCCUUGGGCUCGUAGGAUUUGUGAGAGCUGGGGCAGGGCAUCUGCUCUGGGACCUGUGUGUCAGGCAGCCUCGCUGGGCUACACCAGUCCUCCCUCCCCCCCGCUGACGCUGCGCCUUGUUCCCUGCCAUCUGUUUUCCCCUCUCUCCUCAUCCCUGUUUGCUUUCCCCUUCACUGCUCUCGUUCCCACAAGCAUCGGCACUUUGGGAGAAGCAGGAAAACACCAUCCCAUGGCAAGGUCUGUGCUGUACUGGGUGGGAACCUGAGUCAGCAGCACCCUUCAGAGCAGUGCAGCAAGGAUAGGGCACCCCUAAUGUCCCAGGGCCCCAGGUGGGGCAUUCCUGGGCAGGCACUGCCUCUGGUACCAGGAAGCUCUGCCAUUCAACUGCUGGCAUUUGGGCUUAGAGGUCAUGGGGUGAGGAGCCAUGGGCAUCUCCAGUGCUGGAAACACUCAGACCCACUGGGGUGGUGGGGAAGGAUGCAGAGUCUUGGUGAGGGUGCAAGCUCCCAGAUCCCAGGCAGGUGGUUUCCAGGCACUGGGGCUCAGGUGGGGUUUCCACUGUUUUCUGUCCCCACGCCCACCCAGGCCCUUGCAGGUCUGGGUCCAGCACCAUCAGCCCUUGGCCAGCCAAGUUCAGUGUCAGCCGGUGUGAUGACACAGCUACAGGGUCCUGAGCACCUGGCUGGCCUCCAGUGAUGCCCUGCUGUCCCCACAGUUAGCAUGGUCUUGGGGCCAGCAGAGCAGUGCCUGUGCAGGGCAGCCCCAGGGUGGUCAUUCAAUGCUGUGCUGUGGCCCUGUGCAGCUGCCCAGCCACUCUCCUUCUUCCUGUCCUCGUGUGGCUGUGGAACGCAGCGUGUUUAGUAAACAAGGUGAUGAAACAGUUAAGGCAGAGAUGGAGUGUGCAUUUCGUCACCGUGGGAAGGGAGAAGGGAGCGUGAGUCGGCGCUGAGGGGUCUGAGGGUGACUCACUGCCCUCCCACCCCAUAAAUAGGAGCGGGUAGCCCGGCAGCAUCCAGAGCAGACAGCGGGGACCAGCACAGCCACAUCCCUCCUGUCACCGCCGAACCAUGGCACUCCUCCUGGCCCCGCUUGUCGUCGGGCUGCUGGCUGGCUCCUGCUGUGCAGCCCCUCUCCAGGGCAAGCCACAGGCGGUUGUCACCUUCCCGGGGGACCUGAUCAGCACUCUGCCGGAUCUACAGCUGGCAGAGCGCUACCUGCAGAGGUUCGGCUACACCACGGAGGCAGAGGCUAAGAUUGGUGGCAGGCACGUGUCCCUGGGCAAGGCACUGCUCAAGAUGCAGAAGCAGCUGGGCCUAGAGGAGACAGGAGAGCUGGAUGCUGCCACGCUGGAAGCCAUGCGAGCCCCCCGCUGCGGUGUCCCUGACGUGGGAACCUUCCUUACCUUUGAGGGGGACCUCAAGUGGGACCACAUGGACCUGACUUACCGGGUGAUAAACUAUUCCCCUGACCUGGACCGUGCUGUGAUCGAUGAUGCCUUCAGACGAGCAUUCCAAGUGUGGAGCGAUGUGACCCCUCUCACCUUCACCCAGAUAUACAGUGGCGAGGCAGACAUCAUGAUCAUGUUUGGCAGCCAAGAGCAUGGGGACGGGUACCCCUUUGACGGCAAGGACGGGCUCCUGGCCCACGCCUUUCCCCCAGGCCAGGGCAUUCAGGGCGAUGCCCACUUUGAUGACGAUGAGUUCUGGACACUGGGAACUGGCUUAGUGGUGAAGACCCGCCAUGGGAAUGCCAAUGGAGCCGAAUGCCACUUCCCCUUCAUCUUCGAGGGCCGCUCCUACUCCCGGUGCACCACGGAGGGGCGCAAGGAUGGGCUGCCCUGGUGUGCCACCACCUCCAACUAUGACCAGGACAAGAAAUAUGGCUUCUGCCCCAGCGAGCUCCUCUACACCAAUGGUGGCAACAGUGAUGGAGCCCCCUGUGUCUUCCCCUUCAUCUUUGAUGGCACAUCCUACGAUACCUGUACCACGGAUGGGCGCUCCGAUGGCUACCGCUGGUGUGCCACCACCUCCAGCUUUGACCAGGACAAGAAAUAUGGCUUCUGCCCCAACCGAGACACGGCGGUGAUCGGUGGCAACUCCCAGGGGGACCCGUGCGUCUUUCCCUUCACCUUCCUGGGGCAGUCCUACAGCGCCUGCACCAGCCAGGGCCGGCAGGACGGCAAGCUCUGGUGUGCCACCACCAGCAACUACGACACUGACAAGAAGUGGGGCUUCUGCCCUGACAGAGGUUACAGCAUCUUCCUGGUGGCUGCCCAUGAGUUCGGACACUCACUGGGGCUGGAUCACUCAAGUGUGCGUGAGGCCUUGAUGUACCCUAUGUACAGUUACAUCCAGGACUUCCAGCUGCACCCUGAUGAUGUCCAGGGCAUCCAGUACCUCUAUGGUCGUGGCUCUGGCCCUAAGCCCACUGCACCUGCACCUGCUCCCACUGAAGAGCCCCAGCCCCUGCCCACAGAGGAAACCCAGCCCAUGCCCACGGAGGAGCCUCAGCCCAUGCCCACAGAGGAGCCUCAGCCCAUGCCCACUGAGGCUGGCAGCACCUCCACCACUGAAGAGGAGGAGGAGGAGACACCAGAGCCCACAGUAGGACCCAUUCCUGUGGACCCCAGCCGGGAUGCCUGCAUGGAGAAGAACUUUGAUGCUAUCACAGAGAUCAAUGGGGAGCUGUACUUCUUCAAGGAUGGGAAAUACUGGACCUACUCGUCCUUCUGGAAAUCGGGCAUCCAGGGUGCCUUCUCUGUUGCUGAUACCUGGCCUGGCCUCCCAGACACCAUCGAUGCUGUUUUCCAGGAUUUGCUCACCAAGAGGGUCUUCUUCUUUGCUGGUCGGCAGUUCUGGGUGUUUUCUGGGAAGAGUGUGCUGGGCCCCCGGGGGAUCGAGAAGUUGGGUAUAGGGAAGGAAGCCGGCCGCCUCUCAGGGGCCCUGCAGCGGGGCCGCGGCAAAGUGCUGCUCUUCAGUGGGGAGAGCUACUGGAGGCUGGAUGUGAAGGUUCAGAGGGUGGACAAGGGCUACCCCCGAGCCACCGAUGAUGUCUUCACCGGCGUUCCCCUUGAUGCACGCAAUGUGUUCCUCUACCAAGGCAAGUACCACUUCUGCCGAGGCAGCUUCUACUGGAGGAUGACACCGCGCUACCAGGUGGACCGGGUGGGCUACGUCAAGUAUGACAUCCUGCAGUGUCCCCAGCACUGAAGGCCUGACCAGCCACCGGCUCUGCCAGUGCUGCUCCCUGCCCACUGCUCCCAGCCUGCGGGCUCCUGUCUCAUAGGCUGACCCCUGGGAGCCUUGUGGCUGUGGGUAGCCCCAGAUGAGGUCACCAUCUUUCUGGAAGAAAGGGACAGGGAGUCCUGGGGUCACCCCCUGGGGGCUGCCCAGCCUGGGGAGCCCCAGCUGGGGAGAAGGACUCUUGCCACAGCUGGCAUUGUGCCACCCCUGCCAGCGCCAGCUCCACUGCACAGAGGCAUUUGUCUGGUGAAAACCGCACAUGGAUUCAAGACAAAUUUAUUUUUUUCCUGAGCCAGCGAUGCCAGGUCAGGCUGAGCCCCACUGGGAGCUGGCGCCUGGGGACACACGAGGGUGGGAGACGUGGUUUUGCCUAUUCCUGCCCACUGCCCACUCUGCCAACCACCCCCUCUGCCAAUUGCCUGCCCAUUUGUAAUAAAGACAAUUCUUUGGACACAG